GGCAUCCGCACUUUCGGUUUCACAUUGUUUAUUUUCCUGUAACUGUGGGUGGAAAGUGGAAAGUUUCAUGUCAUUGUCAGUCAUCAUACUCAGAUUCGUUAUACAUGAAAUAUUUGGCUGCUUUUAAUGUUGAGAGUAAUGAAAGACAGACCAUAUGAAAGGGGUGUUAAUAUGGAGAGACUGUCACUCACCUGGGACUGACACCAUAAAUAAUAUCCAAGUGAAGCCAGGCAUUGUCACUGAGUCUUUAGAGUACAAAAAGGAUCCCACAAAGCCAAAGCAGAAUGACCCACUUUGAUGAAAGAAGUGGAGUAAUUCCAUGCAAAACCGAAUGGGGCUUCUGGUGGCAGACAAUGGAAGAAGUCUUUAUAGAAGUAGCAAGCAACCAGAUACUGAAUGCCAAGGAAGUGAAAUGUAACAUCAAACCGAGAGCCAUCAGUCUUUCCAUUCAAGGAGCAACAGUGUUUCAGGGCGAUCUGUAUGAACCAGUCCACGCUGAUGAUGCUGUGUGGACACUAGAAGAUAAAAAGAUGGUACGGAUUUGUCUGAGUAAAGUUCACAGCACAGCAGCUCAUUGCUGGCCCUCUUUGCUCAAAGACCAGUACAGAGCUGACCCAGUCACCUUUGACGAAAUGCAGAAAAAAUUGACCUUGCAAAGAUUUCAGUUUGAGAACCCAGGCAUGGACUUCAGCAAUGCAGCGAUGACGGGAAACUAUCAAAAUGGAGGUCCUGAGAUGCCUAGCUAGAACCAACACAAACUGUAAAGAAUUUCAUACACCAAGACUAAUCCUCAAAAAAGAGAGAAAAAGCUGUGUGACAGUGCUUUACUUUUUUUUAUAAUUUUCGUAGAAUUUCUUAAGAUGUCAGAGUUGUGAAGAUACUUGCUCUACAACAGUCUUCCUGUUCCCCUGUUAUGGUUGUUUUAGUAAGAUCUUUUUGGAAUCAUGUUCAUAGAUGCCAAUCAGUAUGUUAAAAAAAAAAGUGUUUACUACAUUGUUGAGGCUCUGAGUGCAUUUUUGUAUUUAAAAAUAUGUAUUCAUAUUUUUAGUUAGUAUUGCUCCUCACUGACAUGUUUAUGCUGAACAAAAAUUAUGAAUUUUCUGAUGAGAUUUGUGAAUAAUAAUGAGAACAAAACCCAAUAGUCAAUUGGAAAAAUCAUUUUCUGCGGGUCAACUUUGAAUAGCUUGAAUCUGUUGAAUACAGAAAAGUGUGUGUGAAAGGUUGGAGGGAGGUCACUUGACCAAUGCCCACCACCCUGACCCCUUGCUUGGUUAGUGUCUGUUUUCGGUUUUUGAAAAGUUGACAACUGCGCAUGUAUAUAUUUAGUAGACUAAACACCUUGCUGCAUAGCUCGUCUCUUACGAUCACUUUAUCAAAAGUGAUUUGCCGGAUGUUUAAGACUGCUUCAUAUUGUUACGCUCAUAAGAUAAUUGCCGGAGUCAUUUAUGACUGGUUAGUUGGAGUUGGAGUUUUUGGUUCUGAAAUGAAGAGCAGAGCUAGCUUGGUAAUUUAGUUCACUUGGACAAAAAAAUCCAAAUAUAAAAUCAAGUGAGUGUACCAAAAUUCAAGUGUUUCACAGGGUCAAUUGUUUAAAAGAAAGUUUUUUUCUAAUUUUUUUCAAAAUGGCUCAAAAUGACCUCUAGGCGUUUAUCUUAUGAGUGUGACAAUAUAAUUUGCCGUAGGAGACUACAAUUUCGAACUCCGAUAUUUUAUCAUUGUGUUUUACGAUAAUUGGUGGACUCAUCAUUUGAAGAAGUUGGAUCUUGAGACUACUCUCGCAGUCAAAACAGUUAUCAGUACCAGAUGCAGGACCACAUCAAACCAAAUUUUCUUUGUCAUUCAACAAAUUCGCUUGUUUUCGUAAGUCAAAGGAAAAAUAUGCUUUGCUAAUUCCAGACGAUGAAACUGUCAGACUGACUGUAGCUCUGUGAAUUUCGCGGUCUCUAGCUUAUGUCCUAGCUCUAAAACAGGACACUGCACUGUGGUGACCACCACUGGUGUGGGUAUGAUCUUAUCUGUUUUUUACUUGUUUUUUUUAAUGUAGGAUGACUACAGCGGUGUUUACCAAUACACCAUGCCUUUGUAAAAUGAUUUUUCUGAAAAACGCCAAGAAAGAGUUUUUUUUUUUACUGUUUCCUUGAUACCUGUUUUUUCUUAGAGCAGCCUUUUCUCUAUUCAUGUUUAAACAAAAUGAAGCGGAAACUUAAAUAGUAGUUAGGCUACCGGACUUAUAAUCGCGAGGUUGCAAGAUCGCGGGCCCGACGUUGUGUCCUUGGGAAAGGCACUUUACACGAAUUUUCCUCACUUCACCCAGGUGGGAAUGAGUACCCGGCCAUAACCAGUGAAAGAUCUUGGCGGUAUGUUAGUUUUUAGCGCCUAUAAAUGGCUGCCUGCACUGUAUGCUUCCCAGAAAGAUGAGGUUGUUUCAGAAUGCUCUCAGGUCUGCUGGGGUAAUACAUGUAGUAUAGAUUGUGAAGUGCAGAGGGCUUGCUAUUGAGCGGGGAUUUGCACAAUACAAAUGCUAUCUCUAUUAUUAUUAUUCAACUUCGUUAUCAGAAGUAUCUGCCAUGCUGUUUUGUAUAACCCUGCCUCUCUUUCAAAUUGAAGAAUUAACCGAUGUAGGCCUGUGUAUGCAUUUUAGCUAUCUGAGAGUGAGAGAUGCGAAAUUACAAAAACCACUCUCAUACUCACAUGGCUCUAGAUAUCCUGCUGAUACUGCAUAAGCUGAUGAUUAAAAGCUCAUGAAAAUUA